GUCUGCCCCCACACAUUCUCCCUAGAGUUCCCUGAGCCACGGAGAGGACUGUAGCUGACCAUGGAGGGCAGAGGCCUGCUGGCCACAUCUCCCGGGUGGCUGUCGCUGCUGCUGCUGCUGCUACCACGUCCCGGCCACCAGGGACGGGCCCUGAGACAUGGUCUCUCCGCCCAGAGGAUCCAGGACUCCCCUGCUGUGCACCUCAGCAGUGGCUCAGGACAAGAGCCUAUCACCAUCAUGACUUUUGACUUCACCAAGAUCAGGAAAAGCUUUUCCUCCUUUGAGCUUCAAACCUGGGAUCCAGAGGGAGUGAUUUUUUAUGGCGACACUAACCCAGAGGAUGACUGGUUUGUGCUGGCACUUCGAGAUGGCAGGUCCGAGAUCCAGCUGCACAAUCAGCUGGCGCAGGUGACUGUGAGUGCUGGGCCACGGCUGGACGAUGGCAGGUGGCACCAGGUGGAAGUGAGGGUCCUGGAGGACUCCCUCCUCCUGAGCGUGGAUGGGGAGGAGGUGCUGCGCCUGAGACAGGUGUCUGGGUCUCUGGCCAGCAAACCCCAGCCCAUCAUCAGGAUUGCCCUGGGGGGACUCCUGUUCCCUGCCUCCAGCCUCCGUUUGCCACUGGUCCCUGCCCUGGACGGCUGCCUACGCCGGAGUACCUGGCUGGACCCGCAGGCCCAGACCUCGGGGUCUGUCCCUACGAGGAGCCUCAAGAGCUGUGCCUUGCAGUCCCAACCUGGAACGUUCUUCCCUCCAGGGACCCGUGCAGAAUUCAAUCUCCAAGACAUUCCCCAGCCUCAUGCAGAGCCCUGGGCCUUCUCUCUGGACCUGGGACUCCAGCAGGCAGCAGGCUCUGGCCACCUCCUUGCCCUUGGGACCCCAGAAAACCCUUCUCAGCUCAGCCUCCACCUCCAAGAUCAAAAGGUGGUGGUGUCCUCUGGGACAAGGCCCGACCUGGAUCUGCCCCUGGUCUUGGGACUCCCUCUUCAGCUGAAGCUGGCUGCGUCCGGGGCGGUCUUGAACCAGGGGUCUAAGAAGGAGAUCCUUGCUCUGCCUGACUUGGACUUGGCCUCCCUCCUCAAGCUCUGGGUCCGGCCGCAGGGGCGCCUCUUCCUGGGGGCUCUGCCAGGAGAGACCUCUUCUGCCUCCUUUUGCUUGAAUGGCCUUUGGGCCCAAGGCCAGAAGCUGGACAUGGACCAGGCCCUGAGCAGAAGUGAGGACAUCUGGACCCACAGCUGUCCCCAGGGCCCAAACAAUGGCACCGACACCACCCAUUAAAUCCCCACCUAAGAAUCCC